AAUCAUGAAUAACGAAACGAUGGGAUUGAUUCACUGCGAAGCAUUUAGUACUGCGGAUGAAGAGCCAACAGUUUUUGAAGAAAUUUUUUAUAUAAAUAGUGCAAUCUUUGGAUUUCUUUUCAACAUGCUUGUAUUAUUUAUUGCAUUUAGACAUGUGGAUACACGGGAUAAGCCACGACAAAUUAUUGUAAUAAAUAUGAGCGUAGCUGAUUUGCUAAUGUGCUUAAUAUAUAUGCCAACAAGGCCAUACUUAUCAGAUGUUCCAGCUUUAUUUUGUUAUCCUUAUUACGUCCUAAUUUUUGCCGUACAAUUGGCCAGUUGUACUAAUUUGUUAUGGCUGAAUAUUGAUAAACUUAUUUUUGUACAAUUUCCUCUUCAUUAUUACUCGGUUGUCAAUCGAAUGCGUUUAUUAAUCUUAUCAUUAUUUACUUGGAUUACUAUCACAAGUUUAUCAACGCUUGGUUAUUAUUUUAUGGAAUAUGUAUCUGAACCGCAUCAGUGUGACCGAGUAUCUGUUCCUGUACAAAUUUAUAUUCUCAUCUGUAUAUUAUAUAUUGCAUUGAUAAUUGGUUGCUUUAGUAUUUCGUUAGUAAUUUAUAUUAUAGCUCAAAACCAAGGAAGAACGGAAUGCAAAACAAGGAGUAAAAUUUUUCGUCGAUUAUUUUUCCUAUUCAGUAGUACUUUGUGGACAUUUUUCACAUGUUUGCCAUAUCGUGUUUUAUAUUUAACAAUCCUUAUACGAAGCCACUGGAUUAUAAAUUAUUGCCCAUCUCAAGCAAUUCGAACUACUACUGAUUUUUUCUUUCGAAUUCUUGUCCUUGGAAUGGUGAUAAAUCCACUGGUAACAAUUCUUACACAACGAUUAUAUCGCCAACAAUUAUUAUGGUAUAUACGCAAAAUUCAAGCAAUUUUGAUAAGAAAUCAUUAUGCUAAUUGUGAUCUUGUUAUGUCAACAACAUAUUCUACAAACAAUUCACGAACUUUUUCUGGAAAUAAAGAGCGUAAAAUGGUGGACUCAGUGCAUUGUGCUUUGAUGACGGAAAGAAAUAAUGAGGCUUGUAAUUAA